AUGGGCUUUGUUUCGGGAUUUACCGGCGGUGUUACGCUGACGUUGUCAGUCGCCUAUCUUUCGGUCCUCGCCCACCGUCGAAAUCGCGACCACCAGAGCAACCUGCUGCGGGCACAGGCUCUCGAAAUCCAGACCCUCAUCGAUCCUAUUCCCCAACCGCUACCUCCUUCUCGCGCUGAGCUUGCAGCGGCUGAGCGUGCAGCCUCGCUUGAAGUCUUCAAAGACCGCUGGAACGAGGAGGUCAGCAAAGCCGUCACAUGGGUACAAAAUACCGACUGGGACGAUGUGCGUGACGGCGUAGAGAAGAGAGCUAGCAGACUCUGGUCUAAGGCAACAGGAGAGUCGCCAUCCGAGAGUCUUGAUGCUGCCAAGGACACGGUUUCUCAGCAAGCGCAGGCUCAGGCUGGUAGCAUCAAGGAUGCUGCUAAGGGUGCAUGGGGCUCGGCCAAGGCCACUGGUCGAAGCGUUGAGGAGGCAGCCCAGUCUAAGGCCCUUGAGGCUAGAUUGAGAACCAAGAAGGAGGUGACUAAGAUUGGGGACGAAGUCAAGGAGAAGGCCGAAGAAGCCAAGGGCGGAUUCUUCUCUUACCUGUCAAGGGGCAAGGAGAAGGCCGGCGAACUGGUGAAUGCGGCUAAAUCUGCCAUUGGCGUUGCUGAGGGCGUCGCCAGCAGCAUUGACGGCCAAACCUUGACUCCCGGCAUGACGUCGGUACAGAAGGCCUUGCAUCAGCGCUAUGCGAAGUCGCAAUCCCCAGACACCCGCACGAUAGCUGAGGUGCUCAGCGAGAGAUAUGUGCGCGUGGAUGCCCGUGACAACACGCAGCUCCGCGGCUUAUAA